AUGGAUCGUUUCAGCAAACGAGGCGACCUUUACCACAAGCAUUUCGCGCUAGAUGACAGGCGCAAGAAUCCGUCCAUCCGCCUGUUGGUCAAUCAGUCGGUGGUCGGUCGGUCGGUCGGUCAGUCCAUCACAGCGGUUUUCGAUGACAGACUGAUUCACCGUCUCCCCGGAUAUUCGUCGGACGUGAGUCCAAUAAUCCGUCAGCUUGAAGGAUAA